AUGAGCUCCUUCCCGCCUCCUCCGACUGAAUCUCUAGAGUGGGACAAGCUCGGGCUUGCGCCUAUGAAUGUGAACGCUCAUGUCGAGUGCGAUUACUCUGUGACCACGGGUCAUUGGUCUGAGCCCCGACUGGUGGUUGAUCCUUUGCUGCGGAUUCACGGUCUUGCCCCAGGGCUCAACUAUGGUCAACAAGCGUUCGAGGGCAUGAAAGGUAUCCUGACACAAGACCUACCUAUCUAUGGCUUCUGUAUGGAUAUCGGAACUGACUAUGGAUCAGCCUAUCGUGAUCCCCAAGGACAGAUCCACGUCUUCCGCCCCAAGGACCACGCGGCCCGUCUGGCUCUGUCAUGCUCGGCCAUUGCUAUUCCUGCAAUCCCAGAAGAACUCUUCCUACGUAGUGUCAAUUUGGCCGUUGCCGGCAAUGCGGAGUAUGUGCCCCCACACGAUACGGACGCUGCUCUGUACAUUCGGCCCCUCGCCUUCGGAUCCGAUGCUUUCUUUGCUGUCUCUGCUGGUACGGGGUACAAGUUCUGCAUCUAUGUGCAGCCUUACAAAGCCUAUCAUGGCAGCCAGCCUAUUCCAGCCCUGAUUCUGGAAGACUUGGACAGAGCUGCUCCCAAAGGCGUGGGCCAUGUCAAGGUCGGCGGAAACUAUGCCCCUGUCCUAAAAUGGAGUGACCAGGCCCGCGCUGAGGGCUUCUUCAUUACCCUGCACCUCGACAGCCGGACCAACUCCGAAAUUGAUGAAUUCAGUACAUCGGGAUUCCUCGGUCUGAAGAAGACCGGGGAGUCCUUUACAGUGGUUGUGCCCAGUAGCCGCUCGAUUCUGAAGAGCGUGACAAGCGACACGUGUCUGGACCUGGCCAGAUCCUUGGGUUGGAAUGUCGAGGUUCGCGCGAUCCCAUAUUCUGAGCUCCCCUACUUCACUGAGGUCGUGGCGGUCGGCACUGCGGCAAUGUUGGUCCCCAUCAGAUCAAUCACCCGGAGGUCCACUGGUGAGACUUUUGUGUUUAGUACUGAUGGCCCCGGCGAUGGUUGUAAAACGCUGCUGCAGGCUCUUGUGGACACUCAGAAAGGAAGAGCCAAGUCCAACGAGAACUGGCUGUGGCAGGUUUCGCCUGUUGUGGAGGGUGCUGGGGAUACCAACGCAGCAUAA